GUCCCGCCGGGCCUCCCGGCGCAGAAGCCCCGCGCCCGCCGCCUCGCCUCCGGGUGCCCGCUCUGCGCCCCUCCUCCCCGCCGAGCGACUGGGCCCCGGCGGCCCCCUCCUCUGACCCGAACCAGCCCGAAACGGACCCGCAUGGACCGCCGAGCCCCGGGGACCCCCGGCUUCUCCCGCCCCCAGCGGUCAGGUCCGCUGUCGACAUCGCCUCUGAGGUUGGCCCGGCCCCGUAGGAGGCGGAGAGGUUUGGAUUAGCAGACAGCCCUUGCCACUGUGCGUCCUCCACUCGGAGCUGUGAACUCUCUACCCGCGUCGCCCUGCCUGGUGGGCUGCAGAGCCAUGGCAACCGAGGAGAAGAAGCCCGAGGCCGAGGCUGCCCGAGCACAGCCCACCCCGUCGUCAUCGGCCACGCAGAGCAAGCCCACACCUGUUAAACCAAACUAUGCUCUGAAGUUCACCCUGGCCGGCCACACGAAAGCUGUGUCCUCUGUGAAGUUCAGCCCGAAUGGGGAGUGGCUGGCGAGUUCGUCUGCAGAUAAACUCAUUAAGAUUUGGGGAGCAUACGAUGGGAAAUUUGAGAAAACCAUCUCUGGUCACAAGCUGGGAAUAUCUGAUGUGGCGUGGUCCUCAGAUUCUAACCUCCUUGUUUCUGCCUCAGAUGACAAAACCCUGAAGAUAUGGGACGUGAGCUCGGGAAAGUGUCUGAAAACCUUGAAGGGACACAGCAAUUACGUCUUUUGCUGUAACUUCAACCCCCAGUCCAACCUCAUCGUCUCGGGCUCUUUUGAUGAAAGCGUGAGGAUAUGGGACGUGAAGACGGGGAAGUGCCUCAAGACCCUGCCCGCGCACUCGGACCCCGUCUCAGCCGUUCAUUUUAAUCGUGAUGGAUCCUUGAUAGUUUCAAGUAGCUACGAUGGUCUCUGUCGGAUCUGGGACACCGCCUCGGGCCAGUGCCUGAAGACACUGAUCGACGAUGACAACCCUCCCGUGUCGUUUGUGAAGUUUUCUCCGAAUGGCAAGUACAUCCUGGCCGCGACCUUGGACAACACACUGAAGCUCUGGGACUACAGCAAAGGCAAGUGCCUGAAGACGUACACGGGCCACAAGAAUGAGAAGUACUGCAUAUUUGCUAAUUUCUCCGUCACUGGAGGGAAGUGGAUUGUGUCGGGCUCGGAGGACAACCUGGUCUACAUCUGGAACCUGCAGACCAAGGAGAUUGUACAGAAGCUUCAGGGCCACACAGACGUUGUCAUCUCGACGGCCUGUCACCCGACCGAGAACAUCAUCGCUUCGGCCGCCCUGGAGAACGACAAGACGAUCAAGCUCUGGAAGAGUGACUGUUAGGCCCGCCGCGCGGGGGCUGUCGGGAAGCCCACCCGGACUGGCGGGGGUGCGGCUCCCGGAGGGGCUCCUGGGGUCCGGGCCUGGGGGCCGGAGGGGCUGGGCCUGAGCCGCCUCUGAAGACGACUUGCCUGGGGCGUGUCUCCCACUGGAGGGUUCUAGAAGUUGCUGGUGAAGUUUCUCGCCAAUUCCUCUCACCGUUGGGGAAGAGUUCCUAGUCUAUGUUGUGUUCAAAGAGAGUCAACAGAAAUUUUUAAUUUUUUAUUACAAAAAGGUGAAGUUUAAUUUACCACGAGUUGUGUGUUUUUCCAGUAACUGUUCUGUACCGUUUAUGCGAUUUUAUCCCCCAGUGCCAGCGCUGUGACCACGGCUGUGUUGCUGCCACGGCUUCUGGCCACCAGCCUGGCCCGCCCGAACUUGGGGGUUGCCCCUGUCAGUGCUCAGCAGAUGCCCUGGAGACGCUGUCCCGCCUGUAGCAGUAGCCACGUGUCUUGAGUCUUUCUGGGAAGCACAGAGCGGUGUGCACUGGCGUCCGGGUAAAAGCCUUCUGUGUUUUGGGGUUGUUGCCCCUGUGCUGUUGGCGUGGCGACCACACUCAGGGCUUCCAUUUGUCCCACGGGCGGUCACACUACAGGCAGCGCCUCGGGCUGUAAUGAAGGCAGGGUCGUGUGCGCGUGUGGCAGCCGAGCUCUCAGCAAAGCUUUCCUCCGUGUGGCUCUUUUAGGAAAAGUCUCAGUUGGCAGGAGGUUGAAAGGAUUUUUCUCACGAGACGGGUCCCCCGAGUGAUGUGCCCACUCCUUCCUUGUCCACGCGGGGUCCGGGGCCUCAGAGGGCGAGUCAGCCGUCCCCGCGGGCUAACGGCACAUAGAUGUGGGGCCGCGGGAAGGAGGCGGAGGGCCUAGUUGGGAUGGUGCCGGGGACCCUGCGAUGUCGUCCUGUGGAACGUGGCAGACGCUGGCGAGGGCGGGGGUGUGGGCGGCCCGGGUCUGGGGCGCACAGGCUGGUGCCCGCCCCCGCCGCCAACCGCGGGACCCAUGGGCUUGGGAGCCGGCCCCUCGCAGGGAGCUGGGUGUCAUCCGCCCUCCUCGCGCACCCAGCGGCUCUGCUCGCUGGGUCAGGGGCCUCUUUCCUGCCGGCGGGAGUGGGGUGUGGGGCGCACCGGACUGCAGGGCAGUGUUGUCGCAGAGCCGCUGCCGUCCACAGGGACCCCUCCCUGCAGCCAGGCCACCCUGGGGUUCCGAUCCCGCCUGUGGCCCCGAGACCUUGGCUGGGGAGGCGCGUCCCCUGCCUGAUGCCGGGCGGUGGGGCCAGUCCUUGGGUUCCGGGGGUCCCUGCAGAUGGGGGAGCGGCAGCCCACCCCGCAGCGGCCACUGUGGCCCAGAGAGGACAGUUGCACCGGCGUCUGGAAACGAACCUCCCGCCGUUCCCCGCCCCCCCCCGCGCCACGUGGGAAGAAGCCGUGCGGACGCUGGCUGUCGUAGGAGCGAGUUGCUCCGGUGAAAGGACCCCCGUGUCGGCAGCGUCCGCACGGGGGACGCUGAGGCCCCGCGUCGGUGGCGGAGGCCUGGCCUCGGGAUUUCCGAGACCUUGAGGUUCUUUGGGUUUUGUUGGUUCCGGUGUCGGACUCGCCCCGGGGGGAGGGGCAUGCGUGCAGAGUGCCGUGUUCUUGAAUAUAGUUUAUUUUUUCUACAUUUGAAUUCUCUGUUGUAGAUUUAUGUAAAAAUACAUUCUCUUUUUGAAAAUAAAGAAUUUCCUGUCUUGUAA